CUGUCUAAAGAGAAUCGGUUGAAUUUUAUUACGUGUUUUAAUUUCCGAAGCGUGCCACAAGGAGUUUUUAUGGAAAACAUAAAGGGAGUGACUUUUAUUACAUGCAUACAAUGCUUGUGAAUUUAAGCAGCAUUAAAUGCCAUGUUUUAUUUGUGAUUCCCACUGUCGGCGUUUGGGUUUUUUGUGGAUCUUAAAAUAGCACUGAAGCGAUACCGGAUGUUUAUAGCAGACGGCGUUUUGUCAAAACUGUCAAAAUGGAAGAAAAAAGAAAACGCAAUCCCAACUUUUCGCUGCAAGAUUCCUUGCUUCUUACCCAAAUAAUGGGAGAGACGCAUCCCGACUUCCAUGAUAUGGACAUGUCUUUCCACAAGGUUGAUAAGGCUAGAUUCAGCAAUCGAAUCAGCAAAGCAACAAAGAAUGCACUGUGGGUGGCAGUUACUGAAAAUUUCAAUGCCAGAGCCCAGUUUAGAAGGGAGCAAUCCAUUUUGGAGAAAAAAUGGGAAAAUCUACAAAGGGAUCACAGAAAUCUGUACAUGGAUUUCCAAAGAGAAAUUUCAUUGACAGGGCGAGGUCCAAUUGGCAGAACAUUGUCUGUCCUCACAGAGGCAGUAAUUGAUGUUAUUGGAAAGCAGAGUGCGGCAGUUGUUGGGGCAGCAGGAGCAGCAUAUGACUCAACAUUGGCCUCACUUAUACUUCCUCAACAGUUUGACCUAUGUGACAGUGAAGAAAGAUCAUCAGUAUCGGAUGGUCCAAUCUUCAAUGUAAUGGAAAUUGUUCCAGUAAAACCUUCCCAAAGAGUCCAAUCAUGUUCAACAACAACCAGUACAUUGCCAAGCCCAAAUCAAGCGCACUGUUGCUGUUGUAGUGACUCUGAAAUGAGAGCCUUAAAGAAGAGAAAACUAGAGUUGCAGAUAAAGUUUUAUGAGAGACAACUUAAAUUGUAAAAUGACAUAUUAGUUAGUGUUUCUUUGUUAGUUUUUCAAUAAUCUUUUUUGCAACAGUUUUUAUAUCAUAUCAGCUA